CAAAAAAUGAGUUAAGUUGUUAUGUGGUGAUUGCAGAACUUUUGUGUUGCCAUCAAGGAUGUGUAUCAAUCCCAUACAUAACAAGAAAGGCAUUCUUCACCAUUCCGCUAAUGGUAGCUCUGAAGAACUGUGGGAUGCAAGUUCUUGUGCCAUGGACUCUUUAUAUGACACAGAACUUAUGUCAGGUACUGUUCCUGUGAUUUUUGACAAUUCAAAAGAGUGGUAUAGGGUUCUAUCGACAAGCAUGAAGUUGGGAACCAGAGGUGUUGAACAUGUGGAAGGUGUUAGUCGUUUCGAUCUUAAAGAAAAUAGCCACUACUCUGAUAUGUUGCUCAUAAACAGAACUGCAAGUCCUCUUUCUUGGUUUAUGGAGUGCAAGGAUCGAAACAAUCGCAGUUCCAUAUUGUUGCCAUAUUCAUUUCUACCAUCAAUGGCUGCUGGGAAACUUAGAGAAGCAGCAGAAAAGAUCAAAGCCUUACUUGGUGAUUAUGAUGCCAUCCACGUUCGUCGUGGGGAUAAUAUAAAGACCAGAAAAGAUAGAUUUGGUGUAGCGAGGAGCCUGCAUCCUCACCUUGAUAGAGACACCCGACCAGAGUUUAUUAUUUGUAGGAUAGCGAAGUGGGUCCCACCUGGAAGAACCUUGUUCAUUGCUUCAAAUGAAAGGACUCCAGGGUUUUUUUCACCACUUUCUGCCAGGUAUAGACUGGCGUAUUCAUCAAACUAUAGCCAUAUAUUGGACCCAUUAAUUGAGAACAAUUAUCAAUUAUUCAUGAUCGAGAGGCUUAUAAUGAUGGGUGCUAAAACGUUCAUUAGGACGUUCAAGGAGGAUGAGACAGAUCUUAGCCUCACCGAUGACCCGAAAAAGAACACUAAACUUUGGCAGGUACCUGUUUAUAAUGCGGAUGAAACAUGCUGACGACUAGAGCUGACUAUGAAAUCCACCACAGUAAAUUAAAAGUUGCAUCCCCAAAAUUUUUAGGAAGAUAUUCUUGCAAGGAAGAAAUGAUAGGUGGUUGAUUAGUUUUUGUUGUAAAUUAUGAUGUUAGCUACGUUAAAAAUUCCAUUAAUUAAUUCAUUAAAU